AUGAGUUCUCUGACCUCACAAUGGGCGUGGUCUCUUUUUGAGCCCACUUUGAUGCUCAAGUCAGCUAUAUACCAUUAUGUGAAAACCGUCUUGUCGACGAUAGCAAAGGGAGAUAUACCUUUGUCCGCUAGUCAAUGGCAAAAGAUCCGCGGAACGGCAUUCUCCUCCCUUUGGCUUGAAUUUUCCGCUCCCAAGCCCCCCGGGACACCUCCGUCCCUCUCAGCCGGACUGAUUCCCCCAAUUCUCUCCCAGGCAACGGGAGUCGUCUUGGAGGUUGGACCCGGGAGCGGCUCGCAGAUGUCAUCUCUGAAGGGACCCCAAAUAACCAAGAUAUACGGCGCUGAGCCAUGCAUCGAUCUCCAUUCCAAGCUUCAAGCACAAGCCAACGACCAAAGCCUGCAAGAUAAGUAUCAAAUCCUUGCAGCGGGCGCAAGUACCGACCAAAUAGUCAAGGAGCUUCUUCGUGGUGGAUUCAUUACUGCUUGGAAAGAAGGGGAUACCCUUUUCGACACCAUAAUCUGUGUUCGAGCUCUAUGCAGCAUCUCCGAUCCACAGACUGCGGCAUCGGAGCUUUACAAACUUCUUCGCCCGGGGGGUCGCAUGCUGAUUUGCGAACAUGUCGCAAAUCCAUGGACAAAGCCCAAGGGGAGCAUUCUAGCCCGAGUCUUCCAGCAAAUAUACAUGAUUUGUGGUUGGGCCUUUUUCAUCGGUGAUUGUCGUCUGAAUCAGGAUACCGCGCAGAUUCUGGUGAAGGCUGCGGAGGGCGAUGGAGGCUGGGCAGAGAAUAAUUUGGAGAUGGCUGCAUCAUUCUCGACGUUUCCAUACUUGCAUGGCGUUCUGGUCAAAAGAAGUUGA